CUUCCGAUCUGAACUCUUCAUUUUCUCUAUCUCCAAACUCAACUGCUUCGUCUCCUAGAUCUGCAAUGGAUUCGUACGAUUUGCGCUUCAAAUCCAUUAUCCUGGAGACACAAUUUGAGGAUAUUGGAAUUGAUGAUGGGGAUUUCAUCUCUGACAAGGUGGAGGACGAGGUCAUCGUCAUCGCCAGCGACGACGAUGUGGCCGAUGUUGCACCGGUCAGAGAGAGGAAGGACGUUGUUCUUCUUGGGAGGGAGGAGCCUAGCUUUGUUGUUCUAGACGGUGAUAUUGAUGAUGCUGAUUGGUGCGAAAAAAGCCGCCUGGACAUCGGGAUGAAAAAAGGAAGAGGAAUAAAGCUGAAUGUGAAAGGAUUGUUGAAAAGAUUAGGAAGACAAAGAUGGAGAAGAAAGGGGAGUAGUGCUGNAAUGGCCCAUAUGCUACUGACUGUUCUUGUAGACACUUUAAAUUGUGCUGCAAGGCCGCCUGGACAUCGGGAUGAAAAAAGGAAGAGGAAUAAAGCUGAAUGUGAAAGGAUUGUUGAAAAGAUUAGGAAGACAAAGAUGGAGAAGAAAGGGGAGUAGUGCUGAGUGUUACUGUAAUAAUCUUGGGGAGGGGGU